GGACACCGUAGCAGCAGCAGCAGCAGGGGGAGGAGGCGGAGGAGAGCAUGACUGGUCCUUCGACGUGGAAUAUUUCCGUAAAGAGACGAUGGAGGCGUAGCAGCGUGCAGCUCGAAGCUAUCCCGUAUUAUCCUUAAAUCAAUUAGCCUGAACCCUCACUCGGCUCUGGGUUCGCGGGAGUCGACGGACGACAGUCUUCCGCAGACUGAGCCCUCUGUUCCCCCGCCUCCUCGCAUUCAGCUACAGUCAUGAUUAAAGCCAUUUUAAUAUUCAACAACCAUGGGAAACCGAGGCUUUCUAAAUUCUACGAGCAUUAUAAUGAAGACACGGAGCAGCAGAUCAUCAGGGAAACCUUCCACCUGGUCUCGAAAAGAGAUGAGAACGUCUGUAAUUUCCUAGAAGGUGGAAUGCUGAUUGGCGGGUCGGACUACAGGCUCAUCUACAGACACUACGCCACGCUGUACUUUGUGUUCUGCGUGGACUCCUCCGAGAGCGAGCUUGGAAUUUUAGACUUGAUCCAGGUAUUCGUGGAAACGCUGGACAAAUGCUUCGAGAAUGUCUGUGAGCUUGACUUAAUCUUCCAUGUAGACAAGGUCCACAACAUUCUGGCAGAGAUGGUGAUGGGCGGGAUGGUGCUGGAGACCAACAUGAAUGAAAUCAUCACGCAGGUGGACUCCCAGAACAAGAUGGAGAAGUCUGAGACGUUUAUCUUUCAGUCUACCAGGCAGGACAGGUAGACACAGGCCGGUAUUGCAGGAGCGCCUGCUCGUGCCGUGUCAGCAGUAAAGAACAUGAACCUGCCGGAAAUGCCCAGAAACAUCAACAUUGGUGACAUCAGCAUCAAAGUGCCAAAUUUACCUUCCUUCAAGUAGUGGCAGCGAGGUCGUGGAGCUGCAGUCGGCCAAUGUUUACCGCGAUGCAAUCUGCUUACCAAAACCUCAACUACUAACUUGUAUCAAAACUACACAGCUUGAUGGUCCCGUUUGACACUCCUUGCUUUGGUGUUACUUCUUCUUUUUUUUUCUCCUGUUAAACAAACAAAAAAGGUUUCAAGUGUUUUUUGUUUGUUCCUUCGGUUGGAAGGAAAUCUGAAGUAUUUAUUUAUUUGUGGUACAUUCCUUAUGCCUCGGUGGAGGUUGGCGUUAAGCUGCUACAGUACGGAUCUGUGACAGUUUGUAACUGAAAUGAUUUCACUGACUCAAGUGUUUACUUAAGGAGACAGCGUGGCUGGUGGUGACGUUAUGGGAAAUUCUUUUUGGUUUGGUAAUUCCAGACAAGAGAAAUAAAUCACUGAAGGUAAGAGCAUGAAACUACUUCAAAUAUCAAAUCAAAAAAGGUCUGCCACAGUAUUGACAUCUUCAUGAAUUACAGCUUGUUUGUAACCUCAGUGCAAAGAAUAAUAUUCUAUUACAGAUAUGCUGUGUGUGGAAAUAUGGAUAUAUAUAUAUAUACUGAAAUGAUUUGCUCUUUUCUUAUUUGUAUGCAAAAUAUUUUUAAAUGAUUUAUCAUGUCUUAUUAAAUGAUGUUAAUUUUAAUUUGCAUGACUUUUCUUUUCUUUUUUCAACAUAAUAAACUGUCAAAACUCAA